AAAUUAAUUGGUUUAUGUAAAAGUUCUAGAGUCUACAAAUGGUGGGAUAGAUACUGCGAUUUAUUUAUUUUACUAGUAAUGGCGGCAAUCAGCGACUUAUAUCUGGACUGUGGGACUGCGGCAGCAUUCUGACAUUGGGGGGAACUGACUUGAUGUCACUGACAUCCCCCAGUGACACCAAUACAGUGAUCUGUGCUAAUAAAAAGCACUGACACUGUACUAAUGGCACUGGGCAGGAAGGGGUUAACAUGAGGGGCAAUCAAAGGGUUAGCUGUGUGCUGUUUCACAUUAUGUGCUGUGUGUGUGCUUUACACUCUUUGUAUGGCUGUGCUAUGCAGAGCCAUACAAAGCAGUGUGCUGGAGCUGACAGGAGAGAGAACUAUAUAGUUUACAUACAGACCUCUCUCACGUUGGUAAUGCUCAGCGAUCACCGGGUG